AUGUCGUCCUCCGACGUCAAACUGAAAGAUGCCAAGCAGGCCUUGGCUGAGGACAAGUUCGACGACUGCAUGUCCUGCCGAGUCAUGGGAUCCGCUGCGUUCGUUGGUCUCGGUGUCUACAGCUACUACACAGGAAUGGCCAACCUGCGCAAACAAGAGAAAGCGAUCAUGCAGGGUGCCACGAAAUACAAAAUGGGCUCACGCCAACUCGGAAUCGCUUCGAUAUCAGCGACUCUGGUAGGAAUGGGACUGUGGCGGGCUUUCAACUGA